AUGACAGGGUGUGGAGGAUGUUCAACUAAAGGUAGUUCUGGUUGUUGUUCAACAAAGUCUAGUAGUAGUACUCCAACAACUACUACUAAUACAACUGCUACAGUUGAAAAGGGAGGAAUAAGACAAUAUGAAUUUGGAGCAUAUAGUUCAAAUAAAAUAGAGUAUAGUAAUGAUGCUACAGAUAGUGAUAAUACAACAUCAUCAAUACCAAAAAAACAAUCGUCUGGAGGAGGAUGCUCAAGUGGAGGUUGUUCAAGUGGGUCAUGUAAAUCAAGUUCAACGUCAACAACAACAAGUGUAUAUAAUAAUAAUCAACAACAACAACAACAACAUAAUCAUUCACAUUCAAAUAGUUCACAUUCACAUGGUUCAAAUCAAAAUGAUAUUAUAACAAAUGAAGAAUCAAUUAAAAUUAAAGAAGGAACAGAUGAUGUAUUGACAGCAUCACAAGGUGGAUGUCCAUCAAAUACAGAGUCUGCAGGAAAGGAAACUGUUUGUCAAUCAUGUCCAGGUCAAGGAGUUUGUUCAUCACAAUCUGUUAAUCCAGACAAGAAAUCAAUCGAUAUUAGAAUGAAAGUAAUUAAACAUAAAUUAUUGGUACUAAGUGGUAAAGGUGGUGUUGGAAAGAGCUCAAUAACAUCAUUAUUAAGUUUUGGAUUAGUACAUAGACAACAAAAAGUAUCAGUUUUGGAUAUUGAUAUUUGUGGACCUUCUAUACCAAAAUUGAUGGGAGUUGAAGGAGUGGCUAUUGUCAAUUCAGAGUCUGGUUGGGUACCACCUAGACCACUACCAGAGUGUAAUAUACAUGCCGGUGAUAUUAAAGUAAUGUCUGUUGGAUCCAUGUUGGGUAGUCAGAAUAAUAGUAUUGUUUGGAAAGGUCCUAGAAAGACAACUAUUAUCAAUCGACUCUUAAAAGAUACGUUUUGGGGUAGACAAGAUUACCUAGUAGUAGAUACACCACCGGGUACCGGUGACGAACAUUUAUCAAUCGUUUCAGCUCUAUCAAGUACAACCAAUGUAGUUGAUGGUGCUAUCAUUGUAACAUCACCUCAAGAUUUGGCAGUUGAUACUGUUAAAAGAGAAAUUGAAUUUUGUUUAAAACAAGGUGUCAAGGUUAUAGGUGUCAUUGAGAAUCUUAGUGGAUACGCAUGUCCAUGUUGUGAUGAAGUGACAGAAAUUUGGAAACCAAAAGAUGGAACUAGUAGUGGUGGACUUGGUCUUGCACAACUUUACAAUAUACCAUUCCUAGGUCGUCUACCUAUCGAUAUCAAUCUAGGAUAUUGUAGUGAAAAUGGUAAAUGUCCAUUUUGUGAUUACCCAGAUUCAACAGGUACAAAAUCUUUUGAAAAAAUUAUUGAUUCAAUUUUAAUUCAAUUAAAUCAACAACAACAAAAAUCAUAA